GUGUUAAGAACUUUCCAUAUAACUGCCAAGUGGCCUCAUUUGAAUCGACAGGACCUCUGGCGAGCUUAUUUUAACUAAAACUUUUCUACGUAUGUCAUUCCUUCACUUUGAAAGAAUAGGAAUUGUCGGGCACCAGCACCACCGGCCGCGAUUUUCAUAAGUUGAUUUACCAUCCCCACGCGACAGAGACGACAGAAAAAUGUUCGGAUUCGGGGGCAAUAAUAGCGGCGGCGCGUUCGCCGCCCAAUUCGGUGGUGGGAACGGUGGUUCAAACGACCAUCAGCAGUCGCAGAACUUUUUCGGUGGUGGCAGUUUAGCACAGCCCAGCGGUCUCCAGGGCGGCGGUGGCUUUUUGCACGGGACUCCCACGCAAGACGCAACGGGGGGCGAGCAAGCAGGCGGUGGUGCGCGGACGGGCGGUGCCAACCCUGGCGGGAACGCCGGGGACCAGAUCAAGCGAAAAACGACGGCGGUCUCCUGCUACCAGGUAUCAAAGAGAAAAAUCCCCCCUCCCCAUAUCGAACAGGUACGUUUCCGGAAAUUUGUGUUGCUGAUUUGAGGUCACAAAUCACAUUUGUCUUGCAAGAAGACAAGGGCAGAAGCUUCCACCCCAUUAAAGAAGGGAUUUGUCAUGCUGUGAGGCCUAAAAGGGAGCCGCUUGCCAUGCUGCACAACUAGAACCAUACGCCCCCAGCUAGCCUGGGGAUCUGGCCGCAGUGCCUCUCUGCAAUACAAACCUGAUUUGUGUACUCAAAUACAGCAUCACAAAUUUCGUUUUCGAUAUGGGGAGGGGGGAUUUUUCCUUUUGAUACCAGGUGCACCAGAUGGUCAGCGAGAACAUGAAAAACGGCUCGGACGCCACACUCAAGCUCUACGGAGAGGAGGUAAGUACAUAGUGCAGUUCAGAUAGAUACGUCGUCUCGGUGUAAAUGCUUUCGAGCUUUGUGCUGCUGGAACUGGUCAAAGGGAUGUAACCAGUAGUAGACUUUAGCUUUUGAUGAAAGUUUUUUUCUGCCAUCGCGUCAUCUCUGCGUCUAGCCUCUCGUCCCCACCGGGAGGACCAAUAGGGGUGCAUGAGGUGUUACUUUAUGUAGACACGCCUGCCAUUCCCAUUCCGGUACACAUUUUGUUGCUCACUCGUACUCACUUCCAGGUACAAUACUUGGCUUUGACGGGUGUAAUACGGAAGCUGAACAAUGAAGAGCGCGACAUGGACACCGCUUUGGAGAUUUUCCUGGAUGAUCAAAGCGCGGUCGUUAAGGUGCGCAAGUACUUCGAUGGGACCAGCGAGCACGAGGCAGCGCUGCACGAGUAUAUAAAGCAUAAUACUAUGAUUAUGAUGCUGACUUUGGCAAAUGCAAAAUAGUUUUUCACUCUCGAUCUCGUUUGGUUUUCGCCUUUGGAAGACUUAUUUGGUUUCUUUUUCUUCCGCAUGAACUUCACCAUCGCUCGUCUUCAAGCACAACGACGAUAACCUGUUUGCCAUAGAACCAACGACUCGUCACAACAGCUCGCUGGAGCCGUCCAUGAUGAUUCGUGUAGUCGGAACGGUGCGGAUGCACGGCAGCAUGUUUUGGCUGGCGGCACAUAAGCUCGAAAAGUUGUCAGACCUUGGACAGAUGUUCGCCGACACAGUGUCACAGUAUCGGCUCAUGCAGAAGUACCAGAUGAAGAGGCAGGAACUGCUCGCGCAGCAGGGUCAACAGCUACAACCAGCAGGAGCCGGCGCUGUCAUAGGAAACGGUGCCGGGACCACGAUCCCCCAGCAGCCCCAAAUGCUAAGCAACAGCAAUUAUGUCGCCCCUCCUGGCGGCCUUCCCCCUGCCGCGGCCGGGCACGGCGCUGCUGGGUCAUCUGGGCUCCCGCAGAUGAACGUCGUAGAUAUGAUGGCGCAGCGGCAGCAGCAGGCACAAAUGCAACAGCAAAUGCAGCAGCAGCAAGGGACCUUGUCGGGCACGCAGCUUCGCGACGGCAUCCUGCGUGUGUUGCGGGAGGCCACCAAGGACAUUCAAGAUCCGAGCGGGCUAACCCUAGAGGAGAUCGCCGGGAAACUGGGCGCCGGGGCCGACAUGCAAGAAGUGGCGCGCUAUGUGCAGGACCUCUGCAACGACGGCCAGAUUUUCGCCGGAACGACAGAUGACAGAUACUUGCCCUCAGACUGCUAAGCAGAGGGAAGACGUCCUCGGACUGGUGCCAAAGUACAAGGCCGUCACUAUUACCCCACACCCGGGCGACAUCAAUAAUGUAAAAAGUAGAAGUACAAUUAGAUCAAUGCCGCUCCGAAAAUAAAGCCCUUGCUGCUCGUCCUUUGUUCAUUGCAUGGGUCCCCUUGCGCACCAUUCCAAGACCGUUUUUUUUUGUCUUCGCAACAUUUAUAUCAAAGUAACACAAAAAUAGGAAAGAAAGAUCCAUGCGCAGCUGUC